CGUACACCAUCUGCGACCUCUUCUUCAACAAUGAAUUCUGUUACCGUGAAUCACCCGGAAAUGUGGAUUCUGAUCAGAUAUGAUGGGCAAUGGGUAACGAAUACUAUUUUUUCCAGUCUUCAUGUAGGCGCUAUAACUAUACCGGUUGAUUGUACGUUUGCUUCUCUACGUUCUUUUGUGUAUUCUGCUAUGGGGGAGGAUUACGCAGGCAAGAAGAUAUUGAUGUCGUACGUUUUUGCUUCAUGCCCACCGCCUGUUGUUGUAAGUGACGAUAACACACUUGAAUUCUUUCUCCAAUUGAAAAGUAUUCAAAAAGACCCUAUGACUAUGCCUCUGUGCAUUGAAAUUUUACCCUCUACCCCUCCAUCUCCGUCAAAUGAGGAGCAUUCAAUCUCUGAAGAAAUUCAAAGUCCCUCAGUUGGCCACCAUAAUGCACGUCAACCUGUUCUGGAGGAUAUCAAUAUUGUUGAACAUGGUGGCUGGUUUAACAAUGAAGGCAUUGAGGGCAGUGAAUUCAUGCCUUUGGACAGUGAUCUGGACCAAGUUGGUAAUCUAUGCAAUGAUGACAUUAUUAAUUCAGAAGAAUUUAUUGAUAAUGUCAACCAAAAUAGGUCCAUCAUAUCCCACCAUGAACCCACUCGCAUUGCACUUCAUGCCAUUUAUGGAAGCAAGAAGGAACUUGAUUUUCACUUAAAGAUGUAUGCCAUCACCAAUUUCUUUCAGUAUAAAACGAAGACAUCUUUCCCAAAGGUUUUGCAUGUUGUGUGUGUUGAUCACCCCAAUUGCAAGUGGGCUGUGCGUGGUGUGUGCAUCGACGGAGUCUCAUUGUUCCAGGUUAAAAGAUUUGACUCUGAGCACACAUGCUCCAUUGAUGUGCGUCAACGAAAUAGCCGUCAGGCUACGUCUAGGAUUAUUGCUGAACUAAUCAAACACGAGUACGGUGAUCCAUCGAAUAAGCCAUACCCUCCGAAAUCCGUGAUGCUUGAUAUGCAAACCAAAUAUGGCAUUUACAUGUCAUAUAAAAAAGCAUGGAUUGCCAAAGAAUUGGCAAUGGAAAUGGCUAUGGGAUCUGAAAAACAAUCAUAUGCUCGGCUACCUUCAAUGUGUCACGUGCUUGAUGAGAGUAACCCAGGUUCUAUUGUUUCUUAUUCGUGCAAGGAAAAUGGUGAAUUUAAAAAUUUUUUCAUGUGCCUUUCUGCAUGGAGGGAAGGUUGGAUUCAUUGCAUUCCUGUUAUAAUUGUUGAUGGGUCUUUUUUGAAGUCGUAUUAUAAGGGUACAUUACUCACUGCAUGUACACAAGAUGCAAACAAACAAAUAUUUCCAUUGGCAUUUGGUAUUUGUAGUGGAGAAAAUACUGAAAAUUGGUCAUGGUUCUUCACCAUGUUGAAGCAUUCGCUGACGCAUAGGGAUGAUCUAUAUAUUGUGUCUGAUCGGCACGAGGGCAUUAUUAGUUCUGUGCGUUCCGUAUUUCCCCAUGCGGAGCAUGGGUAUUGUGUUUACCACAUACUGGCUAAUUUGAAAACAAGAUUUCGUGGCUCUCAAAAAAAUGUGUCAUGGAAGUUUUUGCAGGCUGCUCGUGUUGGAUCUGUGUAUGAGUGUGAAGAGUACCUUCACAUGCUUGAUAGUGAGGAUGAACGCAUUCGUAUGUAUUUAGAGCGGAUGGGCCACGACAAAUGGUCUCGUGCUUAUGCCAGUCGGAAUCGAUACUCUGUUAUGAUGUCCAAUAAUGCCGAGUCAUUAAAUGCAGUUAAUGUCACGGCCCGAGAAUACCCAAUCUGUAAGCUGAUAGAGUUUAUUCUUGCUAGGAUGCAAAAAUGGUUUUGUGAACGGCGAGAAUCUUCAUCGUCCAACACUUGUCGUUUAUCUACACACUUUGAAUCUGAACUAACAGUUUUACAAGCUAUGGCGGCCGUCAUGACAGUCAAACCAUCAUGCGCUUUUGAGUUUGAGGUGUUUGAUAAGAGAUCCCGCUCAUAUGUUGUCAACUUGAAGGAGCGUACGUGCACUUGUCGUGAAUUUCAGCUUGAUGGAUUUUUGUGUGUGCAUUCUGUUGCUGCCAUUCGCUCCCGUCAAGGACUUUCUUGCUACGAUUAUAUUUCAGAAUACUACACAGCACAUCAUUGGGCACAAGCAUACCUAGGCAUUAUUCAUCCUAUUGGGAGUCCGGAUGGUUGGAUGGUACCUUCACAUGUUAGUCAAGUCACUUGCAAGCCCCCAUCAUGUGAAUCACGACCUCCUGGAAGGCCGAAGAAAAGAAGGAUUCCUUCUACAGGGGAACAUGUUCGGAGACAAACAUGCACUCGUUGUCACAUGGUUGGACACAAUCGAAAGACCUGUAGAAAUCCUAUUCCGCUACACAUGCAUUAAAAAAUGUUUUUAUUUGCCAUUUUAAUUUAAACAUUGUUGCGAA